CACCUGCACCACAGCACGCAGGAGAACGCCGUGCUCGCCAUCGAGCAGUACGAGGAGCUCGUGGGCACGGGCUGCAGCCCGCUGCUGCCCUUCUUCCUGUGCGCCAUGUACGCGCCCAUCUGCACGCUGGAGUUCCUCUACGACCCCAUCAAGCCCUGCAAGUCCGUGUGCCAGCGCGCCCGCGACGGCUGCGAGCCCAUCAUGCGCCGCUACAACCACAGCUGGCCCGAGAGCCUCGCGUGCGACGAGCUGCCCGUCUACGAGCGCGGCGUGUGUAUCUCCCCCGAGGCCAUCGUCACCGAGCUGCCCGAGGAUUUCCCUAUGGAUUCUAAUAAUGGCAACUGCAGAGGCGCCAGCAGUGAGCGUUGCAAAUGUAAGCCUAUAAAAGCUACCCAGAAGACCUAUCUUCGGAACAAUUAUAACUACGUCAUUCGGGCUAAAGUGAAGGAGGUGAAGACUAAAUGUCACGAUGUCACUGCAGUAGUAGAAGUCAAGGAGAUUCUAAAAUCUUCUUUGGUGAACAUCCCUAAGGACACUGUAAACCUUUACACAAACUCGGGUUGCCUAUGUCCCCCACUCAGCGCCAAUGAAGAGUACAUCAUAAUGGGCUAUGAAGAUGAGGAGCGCUCCAGGUUACUCUUGGUAGAAGGCUCCAUAGCAGAGAAGUGGAAGGAUCGUCUAGGGAAAAAAGUAAAGCGCUGGGAUCAGAAACUUCGCCACCUUGGAAAGGGAAAGGGAGAGCCUGGACAAAGUGAUUCAGCCCAGAAGUCUGGUAAAACCAGCAAUUCACGACAAGCACGUACUUAGAUGUGAAAUGCUGUUAGGUUAAAAUUCAGUGGACUCAAUAUCAAGACUUGCAUUGUUGGAGCAGCAAAGGAGAAAUUGCACUAUUGCACGUUAUAUUCUAUUGUUUACUACAAAAUAAUGUUUUAGCUUAUAUUAGUUUUUAUUCUUCUUGGUGUCUACUAUUUUUUUCUAGAUCUGUGCAAGC